UACUCCAAGCUUGGAAUCUCUCUCGUCCCUCUAUUAACGUCAACAUCAACUACUUCUACGACUUCAACAAUGGCGCUACUAACCUCAUUACACCAACUCUCCUUUUCACUUCGAUUAUUUCAAUCUCUGUCCUUUUCUAGGUCAGCACUCACACUCCUACUCUGAAACCGUAGAGAAAUUUUUUGAAAAAGAAGAAGCAAAUGAUAUGGAGAAGAGUAGCAACUCUGCGCUGAUCUCUCGGUUUUCCGUCGCGUUCGUUGCGUUAAUCGCCGCGACGAUCUUGUUUCCAUGCGUUGAAGGGACCACUGACCCGUCUGACGUUCAAGGUCUUCAGGUUAUGUACGGUUCACUGAACAAUCCUUCACAGCUAACUAAUUGGCAAGCGAGUGGUGGAGAUCCUUGUGGACAGUCAUGGAAAGGGGUUACUUGCCAAGGUUCUGCUGUUGUUUCAAUUCAGAUUUCUGGGUUGGGCCUGAGUGGAACAAUGGGAUACUUGCUUUCGGACCUGACAUCUUUAAGAACAUUAGAUAUGAGCAACAACAAUAUUCACGACUCAAUUCCCUAUCAGUUGCCGCCAAACCUUACGACCUUAAAUCUUGCAAACAACAACUUAGGUGGGAACCUACCUUAUUCUAUUACUACCAUGGUUUCUCUGAAUUAUUUGAACGUUAGCCGGAAUGCUCUCACCCAGGCAAUUGGAGAUAUAUUUGCUAAUCUUAGCAGGCUUGCAACCUUGGAUCUCUCCUUCAACAACUUUGACGGAAACCUUCCCGGUUCGUUUAGCUCAUUGCUCAACCUUUCGACUCUCCAUGUGCAGAAUAACCAAUUAUCAGGUUCUCUUAAUGUUCUGGCUGGUUUGCCUUUGACAGAUUUAAAUGUUGCAAACAACCAAUUCACUGGGUGGAUACCAAAUGUUCUUAGUUCUAUCCCUAAUUUUAUAUAUAGUGGAAAUUCAUUUGAUAAUGGUCCUGCUCCUCCUCCACCGCCAUAUGCUCCGCCACCUCCUGGUAAAUCACAUAACAAUGGCAGCCAUUCUCCUCCAGGUGCUAAUACACCGCCAUCCACUCCAGAUGAUGGAAACCAAAACAAUGGAUUGACUGUUGGGCCUAUUAUAGGCAUAAGUCUAGGUUCUUUGGGGGUGGUUCUCUUUGCUAUGCUUGUUUUUGUGUUUUGCCUCCGAAAGGGAAAAAAGAAGGAACCUGCAGCUGCAAAAACUUCUGCAGGAAGCCUCCCUGUUAGUACAGAGAAAGUGAAUACAGAGAUGCGAGAGCUGAGAAUGAAAUCCACAGCUACUGUGGCAGACUUGAGACCUUCGGAAAAAUUGAUUGCUGAUCCGAUGCAAGGGAAAAAUGGAUCUUUAAAGAGAGUGAAGUCUCCUAUAACUGCUACAUCAUAUACAGUUGCUUCUCUCCAAACAGCAACAAACAGCUUCAGUCAAGAAAAUCUUAUUGGUGAAGGUUCCCUUGGUCGUGUUUAUAGAGGAGAAUUUCCUAAUGGAAAGAUAGCGGCCAUUAAGAAGAUUGACUAUGCAGCACUCUCACUACAAGAAGAAGAUAAUUUUCUCGAAGCUGUUUCAAAUAUGUCACGUCUGAGGCACCCCAACAUUAUUGCACUGGUUGGUUUUUGUGGAGAGCAUGGCCAACGUCUUCUCGUUCAUGAUUAUGUUGGAAAUGGGAACUUGCAUGAUAUGUUACAUUUUGCUGACGAAAGGAGUAAACAGCUAACAUGGAAUGCACGUGUUAGAGUAGCACUUGGCACUGCUAGAGCUUUAGAGUACUUGCAUGAAGUUUGCCUUCCUUCUGUUGUACAUAGAAACUUCAAGUCGGCAAACAUUUUACUCGACGAAGAGCUUAAUCCUCACUUAUCAGACUGUGGUUUAGCAGCUUUAACGCCAAAUACAGAGCGACAGGUUUCCUCAACCGAAAUGAUUUCGUUUGGUUAUAGUGCUCCUGAAUUUGCCUUGUCUGGAAUAUACACGGUUAAAAGUGAUGUGUAUAGUUUUGGGGUGGUGAUGUUGGAGUUGUUGACUGGUCGGAAGCCACUGGAUAGUUCAAGGGUGAGAGCAGAACAAUCGCUUGUGAGAUGGGCAACUCCUCAACUUCAUGAUAUAGAUGCCUUAGCAAAGAUGGUCGAUCCUGCUCUAAAUGGAAUGUAUCCUGCAAAGUCUUUGUCACGUUUUGCCGACAUCCUUGCCCUCUGUGUUCAGCCUGAGCCCGAGUUUCGGCCUCCCAUGUCUGAAGUUGUGCAAGCACUGGUGCGGUUAAUGCAAAGGGCAAGUGUGGUGAAAAGGCAUUCCAGUGAAGAGUCGGGUUUCAUGUUUAAAACUCCAGAUCACGAGACAGCUGACAUUUCAUAUUAGAAUAUCCAGAGAUGCUGAAGUUUCCUUCGCAAUUUUGUGUCCUAUUCUGCAAAGAUUAGGGAUCAGAAGAAAAAAAUGUGGAAACGCUGAUCUAUUUCGGACCGGAACAAGAUGGCUCGUGCAGUUUGAGUUGUAGCAUGCUACGGUAGUUCAUAAUGCUGGGUGGAUGUCUAUAAUAUUACUGAGGGGGAUGCUUUAUUGUACUUAUUACCGUAAUUCAAUAUUUUGAUACAUGCCCAAAGGAAUUUAUAGGGUAA